AUGGUUGCACAACACCCCAUUGACAAGCCUUCAGAUUCUCUCAGUAUAGGGAAUGGCGAUAAUUCCCAGCAGAUAUCUAACAGUGAUACACCUUCACCACCACCUGGUUUAUCCAAAUCCAAUCUAGUCAUCCCUAUCAGUUCAUCCAAUCACAGUGCACGGUCUCCUUUUGAAGGGGCAGCUACUGAGUCACAGUCGUUAUUCUCAGACAACUUUCACCAUCCCAACCCUAUCCCAAGUGGGCUUCCUCCUUUCCCCAGCUCCCCACAGACAUCCAGUGACUGGCCUACAGCACCAGAGCCACAGACCCUCUUCACAUCAGAAACAAUCCCAGUAUCAUCCUCUACAGACUGGCAAGCAGCAUUUGGCUUUGGUUCUUCUAAACAACCAGAGGAUGACUUGGGUUUUGAUCCCUUUGAUGUCACUCGAAAAGCCUUAGCAGACCUGAUUGAAAAGGAGCUAUCAGUCCAAGACCAGCCUUCCCUUUCGCCCACAUCUCUUCAGAACUCCUCUUCACACACUACAACCGCCAAAGGUCCAGGCUCUGGAUUCCUGCAUCCUGCUGCACCCACAAAUGCCAACUCUCUCAAUAGUACCUUUUCAGUCUUGCCACAGAGGUUCCCUCAGUUUCAACAGCACCGAGUGGUUUAUAAUUCAUUCAAUUUUCCAGGCCAGGCAGCCUGCUAUCCUUGGAUGCCCUUUCCACGCAAUAGCAUCAUGCACUUGAACCACACAGCAAACCCCGCCUCAAAUAGUAAUUUCUUGGACUUGAAUCUCCCACCACAGCACAACACAGGUCUGGGAGGGAUUCAUAUAGCAGGGGAAGAAGAAGUGAAGGUUUCGACCAUGCCACUGUCAGCCUCUUCCCAUUCAUUACAACAAGAACAGCAGCCUACAAGUCUCCACACUACUGUGGCCUGACAACAGAACUGAGAGGAGAGGAUUAGACUCUGGGGUGCUUGCAUGGGCAGCUGGAUUUUUGCAUGAUUCCUUUCUGAUUUUGCAUUUAAUGUAUACACACCCAAA